GGGUGGAGGAGAGGGGAGGGGCGAGGAAAGAGACAGUGUCAAUGUCACAGGCACAGUCGACCUGUAUCAGCUGUUUUUGUAGAUUACUGCAAGAGCCAGAGAUAACUACAGGGAAGAGGACACUAUAAAACACAGCACACACCUUGUAAAACUGACUCCAUUCAAAGUAAGGAUAUCUGGAUACAAUAUCUAUUUCAAAGGAAAUAUAAACACAUUGCUUAACAAGAACAUGCAGUCAUUCAGCAAAACAGCUAUCAAUAACCUGAAGAAAAUCCUGUCCAGAAAUGCAGGUUUUCCAUCAGUAAGUCCCUCAAGCAGAGCUGCCUUGGGGAUGGCAAGAGCCAGCCACUCUGGGAUAGUACCCACCAAGAAGAGAGGAUAUGACAUCACCAGGAAUCCACACUUCAACAAGGGUAUGGCCUUCACCCUGGAGGAGCGCUUGCAGCUGGGGAUCCACGGGCUGAUCCCUCCCUGCUUCCUCUCACAGGACGUGCAAGUGCUGAGGGUGAUGAAGAGCUACGAGACCAGAUCCAGCGACCUGGACAAGUACAUUCUGCUGAUGACUCUGCAGGACCGGAAUGAGAAGCUGUUCUAUCGUCUGCUGACCUCCUACAUUGAGGAGUUCAUGCCUAUCGUUUACACCCCCACCGUGGGGCUCGCCUGCCAGCAGUACGGACUGGCCUUCCGGAGACCGCGGGGGCUGUUCAUUACCAUUCAUGAUAAAGGGCAUAUUGCAACAAUGCUGAACUCAUGGCCAGAAGACGAUAUCAAGGCCAUCGUUGUGACAGACGGAGAGCGCAUCCUGGGUCUGGGUGACCUGGGGAGCUAUGGCAUGGGGAUUCCAGUGGGAAAGCUGGCCCUUUACACAGCUUGUGGCGGGGUCAGGCCUCAGAACUGUCUUCCUGUGCUUUUGGAUGUUGGAACAGACAAUCAGACUCUGUUGGAAGAUCCUCUCUAUAUUGGGCUAAAGCACAAGAGAGUGAGGGGGAAAGAGUAUGACGAGCUGAUUGAUGAAUUCAUGAAAGCUGUGACAGAUAAGUAUGGAAUGAACUGCCUCGUCCAGUUUGAGGAUUUUGCCAACUCUAAUGCCUUCCGCAUACUCAGUAAAUACCGUAACAAAUACUGCACCUUCAACGAUGAUAUUCAGGGAACUGCUUCUGUUGCAGUGGCUGGCAUUCUGGCUGCUUUAAGGAUCACCAAGAACAAACUCUCUGAUCACAAGUUUGUCUUUCAGGGCGCUGGGGAGGCUGCCAUGGGGAUAGCUCAUCUGAUCAUCAUGGCCAUGAAGAAGGAGGGGGUUCCAUACGCUGAGGCCAUCAAGAAGAUCUGGAUGGUUGACUCAAAGGGACUCAUUGUUAAGAGCAGGGGGAAUCUGAACCAUGAGAAGGAGCAGUUUGCCCAGGAACACCCUGAAGUGAGGACGCUGGAGGAAGUCGUUCAGAUUGUGAAACCCACAGCCGUCAUCGGAGUUGCUGCCAUUGGUGGUGCAUUCACAGAGAAAAUUAUUAAGGAUAUGGCCUCCUUCAACAAGCGGCCCAUAAUAUUCGCUUUGAGUAACCCGACAAGCAAAGCAGAGUGCACAGCGGAGCAAUGCUACACUCUGACUGAGGGUCGUGGUAUCUUUGCUAGCGGCAGCCCCUUUGAAAAAGUGACUCUUGCUGACGGACGCUCCUUUGUCCCUGGCCAGGGAAACAACGCCUACGUAUUCCCUGGAGUGGCACUGGGGGUGAUCGCCUGUGGAGUGAGACACAUCUCUGACGACAUCUUCCUCACCACAGCCGAGGCUAUUGCUCAGGACGUGACAGAGCAACACCUUGCUGAAGGAAGACUGUACCCCCCUCUGAGCACCAUCAGAGAGGUGUCCUUCAAAAUAGCUGUCAAGGUUGUUAAUUACGCCUACAGGAAUGGAAUAGCAUCCUUGUACCCAGAGCCUGAGGACAAAGAGGCCUUCAUCCGCUCUCAUAUCUACAGCCCUGACUAUGACUCCUUCACCCUGGAUACCUACAGCUGGCCAGACCAUGCCAUGCAAGUGCAAGAUGUUUAAAUCUGACUGGCCAGUAGCCCCAGGCCUCAGACUACCACCAAAGCCUAUGAUCUCUUACCAAUUGUUAGCACUUUGAAAGAGGUGAUUGGUUUGACAUUCAGGAAUAAAAAGGUUUAUUCGAAGAUAUAGUUAGAAAAUAAAAUAAAAAAAAUGUAAUAGUAUUUUAUAGUCCUUUUCAGUGAAUCAUUUACUCAUUUUUUUUUUUUUUUGGUUUUUAAUAUAUAGAUAUAGAUAUAUAUAUAGAUAGAUAGAUAGAUAGAUAGAUAGAUAGAUUAGAUCUGUACUGUUUUAGUGAAUGGUUACCCACAGCAGGCGUGGGUUUGGGUACAAGCAGAUUACUUUUGAAUCAUUACAAAUGUCAACAGAACCCUGGUUAUUCUGUGUUUGGGUUCUGUACAGCUAGUAAGCAAUCAAAUAGGGUUAAAAGAAGCCACUGCCAGAGCAACCAAGGAAUUGGGCAUGCUCCUGGUUGCCAUAGAAACAGCAGUACUGUGACAUAUCUGGAACAUUUUCUUAAUAAUUAACCAAAAAUGAAAAAUAUAAUUGUUUUGGGGGAGAAAACAAAACAAACAAAAAAAAAAUAAUACACUACCCAGAAUAUUCUUUUUAAGCAUCACAGAAA